AUGGGUGACACUGCUGCUGCUGUUGUCUGGGGCGUCCCUGUGAAGCCAGUGGAUCUCAUCGUUAGUCUCGAUGCAUUGCGCAAGGCGAGCCCAGCGAUCCAAACUCUGCGUCUGUGCCACCAGUUUGGCAAAGGCAAAGACGCUCAUGUCGCCAAGCUUCCCAAAGAGAUCAUCGUCUUCAUCGAGGAAGAGUUGUUGGCUAUGCAUCGCGUAGGCAAGGAGAAGGAGCCCUUCUCCCUGCCCGGAAGAUACUGCUGCUUCGAAGGAUCUUGUCGUCCAAGCGAUCACAUGCAUCAUGUAGACCAUGUCUUCCCGAAGGAAGACUACGAGUUCGAAUAUGCCUCCGAUGACUCCGAAGCCUACGAGGAUGACUACGAGAGCCUAGCUGACACCGCCCGCGCCGAACUCUGUGAAGCUCAUCCUGAGUGGCGUACAAAGCAAGGUCUCGUCUUACCCGCCAACUUUCCGUCGCUCCUGCAUGCGAAGAUCGCCGACAUUUUUGAUAUCAACACUUCAGAAGAAGUCCAUGAGCUUUGCUUCAUGUCCAAGGUGGAGUGGGAGGAUGAUGUCCGUGACUAUUUGAGCACCCAAGGCAACAGCGAGAUCAUUCGCAAGUACUUUAGCCUGAAUGUUUUCAUCAUGUGCGAAAAUUUGUCCGAUUCGACCAAGAAGUACCUCUGCGACUGUGACGAGAGGUUUUCAAAAGUCCACUCUGAUCCCGAGAAAGUAGCUAUUUGCUACCUCGUCUUGCCCUCCCGGUCGACAAAGUGGGAAGUACGGCUCGAUCCCAUCUCAAGAGAAUCUGGAAGCUACUACGGCGAAUCAGCAACCUCAAUGUUGGUCGACCGUAAUUCUCUCGACUUGACUGAGGAACACCAACAACGCUUCGCUCGUGCGAUGAGUCGUCUCGCAUUGAAACCUUCAGUGCACCCAUCUCAACUACAGACAACUCUUUUAGCAUCGUGCUCUAUGACUGCCUCUUCACCAUCCUUGAUGCAGUACCCGCGCCGUGCUAAGAAAGAGCAGCCAUCUGCAGAAGACAUCGAGAAGAAGCACACUGCCAUCACGGGACGCAUUCGCGACAUGGAGAAGACUCACUGGCCAAAGUUGAUGCUCCUUGUCAACCAUAACUGCCACGAGUUUUGA